GGAGCCGUGAGGGAGCCCUGCCCUGCCCCGCCCCGCCCGCUCCGCCGCCAUCGCGGCCCGGCCGCCGCCGCCCGCCCGCCUCCCUGCCGAGGCCGCGGCCAGGAGGGGCCGCCCGGGGCCUGGCGGCCGCGGAGAGCCAAAAAAGUGAAUUUUACAGGGGCCCGGGAGGGCUCUGUGGAGCUCGGCGCCUCGCGUUGCUGAGCGCUAAUGAGCGCUAAUUGCAAUUAAGGUGUUUGUGCCAGGAUGAGCAGCAGCAGCAGCAAGAGGGCCCCCACCACAGCCACGCAGAGGCUGAAGCAGGAUUACCUGAGGAUCAAAAAGGACCCCGUGCCUUACAUCUGUGCCGAGCCCCUGCCCUCCAACAUCCUGGAGUGGCACUACGUGGUGCGAGGGCCGGAGCUGACCCCGUAUGAAGGUGGAUAUUACCACGGAAAAUUAAUAUUCCCUCGAGAAUUCCCUUUCAAGCCCCCCAGUAUUUAUAUGAUCACCCCCAAUGGAAGGUUCAAGUGCAACACAAGGUUGUGUCUGUCCAUCACGGAUUUCCACCCGGACACCUGGAACCCGGCCUGGUCGGUGUCCACCAUCCUGACGGGGCUGCUGAGCUUCAUGGUGGAGAAAGGGCCCACCCUGGGCAGCAUCGAGACCUCCGAGUUCACCAAAAGGCAGCUGGCUGCACAGAGCUUAGCGUUUAAUUUAAAAGAUAAAGUCUUCUGCGAGCUCUUCCCUGAAGUGGUGGAGGAGAUGAAGCAAAAGCAGAAAGCCCAGGACGAGCUGAGCUCCAGACCUCCCUCUCUGCCUCUCCCCGACGUGGUGCCGGACGGGGACGCCCACUUUGGGCACAACGGGCACCCCCUGCUCCACGGGCACGUGGCCCUGGCGCCCGGGCACGCCGGGGGGCUGCAGCAGCCCCCCAGGAACCACGGACUCUUGGGGGGAGCCCUGGCGAACUUGUUUGUCAUCGUGGGCUUCGCCGCCUUCGCCUACACAGUCAAGUACGUGCUGAGGAGCAUAGCCCAGGAGUGAAAUCCCUGCAGAGACCAAAUGUGACCGGGGUUCGGGGCGAUCGGGGCUCUUCGGGGGGGGGAAUUUGGGGCUUUGGCCCUGCCUGGGUCGUGGUGGGGCUCGGGGAACCACUUUGGUUUGUAGAGUUCUCCUCCAUCUGUGCUUUGAACAUCGAAGAUCUUCAGCAAACUUUGACUCCGAUGAGUUUUCAUUCAGGACGAGUGGGACUCUUUGGGGGGAAAAAUUUGGGAUUUUUGCCCUUCCUGGGUUGUCUUGGAAUUUGGGGUUGGGAAGUCAAAAAGUUGUUGAGGAGCCACUUUGGUUUGUAGAGUUCUCCUCCAUCUGUGAUCUCAAAAUUGAAGUUCUUCAUCGAGUUUUGACUCCGUUGAGUUUUCAUUCAGGAUCAGUGGGACUCUUUGGAAUGGAAAAUUUGGGAUUUUUGCUCUUUGGGUGGAAAAUUUGGGAUUUUUUGGCCCUUCCUGGCUUCUGGUGGGGCUUUGGGUUGAGAAAUCCAAGCAUUGUUAAGGAACCAUUUUGGUUUGUAGAGUUCUCCUCCAUCUAUGGUUUGAACAUUGAAGAUCUUCAUCAAGUUUUGAGUCCAUUGAGUUUUCAUUCAGGAUCAGUGGGACUCUUUGGAGUGGGACUCUUUGGGUGGAAAAUCUGGGGUUUUUGCUCUUUAGGUGGAAAAUUUGGGAUUUUUUGGCCCUUCCUGGCUUCUGGUGGGGCUUUGGGCUCUGCUCAUCGUGGGCUUCGCCGCCUUUGCCUACACAGUCAAGUACGUGCUGAGGAGCAUAGCCCAGGAGUGAAAUCCCUGCAGAGACCAAACUUGACCGGGGUUCGGGGCGAUCGGGGCUCUUCGGGGGGGGGAAUUUGGGGCUUUGGCCCUGCCUGGGUCGUGGUGGGGCUCGGGGAACCACUUUGGUUUGUAGAGUUCUCCUCCAUCUGUGCUUUGAACAUCGAAGAUCUUCAGCAAACUUUGACUCCGAUGAGUUUUUCAUUCAGGACGAGUGGGACUCUUUGGGGGGAAAAAUUGGGAUUUUUGCUCUUUGGGUGGAAAAUUUGGGAUUUUUUGGCCCUUCCUGGCUUCUGGUGGGGCUUUGGGUUGAGAAAUCCAAGCAUUGUUAAGGAACCAUUUUGGUUUGUAGAGUUCUCCUCCAUCUAUGGUUUGAACAUUGAAGAUCUUCAUCAAG